CGUCACUUUUUUUUUAAGGGCGGUGAUUGGCCGAGGCUCAAGUGAGCGUGGCGUGGCGUGGCGUGGCGUUCGGGUUUUUGCUUAGAAUCGCCACUAAGUCAUGUGUGUGCGUGUGCGUGUGCGUGUGUUGUUUUCGCCCUGAGCGAUUAGGCUAUGGCUGCGAUAAAGGCCGUAAACUCCAAGGCUGAGGUGGCGCGGGCACAGGCUGCCUUGGCCGUCAAUAUAUGCGCCGCCCGAGGGCUGCAGCAUGUGCUGAGGACCAACUUGGGUCCUAAAGGCACCAUGAAAAUGCUUGUUUCUAGUGCAGGUGACAUCAAACUCACCAAAGCUGGCAAUGUGCUGCUCCAUGAGAUGCAAAUUCAACAUCCAACAGCUUCCUUGAUAGCAAAAGUAGCAACAGCUCAGGAUGAUGUCACAGGAGAUGGUACUACUUCAAAUGUUCUAAUUAUUGGAGAGUUAUUAAAACAAGCUGAUCUGUACAUUUCUGAGGGCCUGCAGCCUAGAAUAAUAGCCAAAGGAUUGGAAGCUGCAAAGUUAAAAGCACUUGAAGUUUUGGAGGAAGUUAAAGUGACAAAGGAGAUGAAAAGAAAAAUCCUCUUAGAUGUAGCUAGAACAUCAUUACAAACUAAAGUUCAUGCUGAACUGGCUGAUGUGUUAACAGAAGCUGUGGUGGAUUCUGUUUUGGCUGUUAAAAGACCAGGUUACCCUAUUGAUCUCUUCAUGGUAGAAAUUGUGGAGAUGAAGCAUAAAUUAGAAUCAGAUACAAAGUUGAUCCGAGGAUUAGUUUUGGAUCAUGGUGCCCGUCAUCCAGACAUGAAGAAGUGAGCAGAAGAUGCAUUUAUCCUUAUUUGCAAUGUUUCACUAGAAUAUGAAAAAACAGUCGUGAACUCUGGUUUCUUUUAGACUGUAGAAGAGAAAGAGAAAUUGGUAAAAGCUGAAAGAAAAUUUAUUGAAGAUAGAGUACAAAAAAUAAUAGACCUGAAGGAAGUCUGUGCUCAGUCCAAUAAAGGAUUCAUUUUCAUUAAUCAGAAGGGAAUCGAUCCGUUUUCCUUAGAUACUCUUGCAAAACAUGGAAUAGCAGCUCUCUGCAGAGCAAAAAGAAGAAAUAUGGAAAGACUCUCUCUUGCUUGUGGUGGAAUGGCUAUGAAUUCUUUUGAAGAUCUCACUGUAGAUUGCUUGGGACAUGCUGGUCUUGUAUAUGGGUACACAUUAGGUGAAGAAAAGUUCGCUUUUAUUGAGGAGUGUGUUAACCCUCGCUCUGUCACCUUGUUGGUUAAAGGACCAAAUAAGUAUACUCUCACACAAAUCAAGGAUGCCAUAAGAGAGGGACUUCAUGCUAUCAAAAAUGCCAGUGAAGAUGGUUGUGUGGUUCCUGGGACUGGUGCAGUUGAAGUGGCAAUGGAGGAAGCUCUUGUUACAUACAAGAAAAGAGUAACAGGAAGAGCUCAUCUUGGAGUCCAAGCUUUUGCUGAUGUUUUACUCAUUAUUCCAAAGGUUCUUGCUCAGAAUGCUGGUUAUGACCCACAGGAAACACUAGUAAAAGUUCAGGCUGAGCAUUUCGAAUCAAAACAACUUGUUGGCAUAGAUUUGAAUAAAGGUGAGCCAAUGGUAGCAGCAGAUGAAGGAGUUUGGGAUAAUUAUUGUGUAAAAAAACAACUUCUUCACUCUUGCACAGUGAUUCCCACCAACAUUCUCCUGGUUGAUGAAAUUAUGCGAGCUGGGAUGUCUUCUCCAAGGGUGAUGGAAUUCAAAAUCAACUCUUAAAGAAAAUGAAAUGUAAUACCCUUUAUAUCUGACUACUUUUGUGUAGCCUGAGCCAUUCUGAAUUUCUGCACAAUAAAUGCAGUUUAUAUCUUUCGGGUCUUAACAGUCUCAAAAAUAUUUCAUCAAGGUAUGAAGAACACAAGAAAUACAUUUACAGUAAAGGAAUAAUAAUUGAAAUAUUUCCCCAAGGGUCCUAACUUCCCACAUAUAUGUUAUAUGCUAUUGCAGUUUUUAUAACAUAGGAUAUUUAUGAUUCUUACACCUUUUGGAAAGUUUUAAUUAACAACAUAGAGUUUUAAUGCACCCAAGUAAAUUUCCAAUUUAUCAGAGGGUAUAAAUGUAGUAGGACAAAAAUGUUUCAUUUUCUCUCAAAAUUCUUUCAGUGAUUUCUUGCUGCCACUCUUUCCUCUUGUAAAUAUGGAAUAUAGCUCUGAAUUGCAUUGUUUAUAGUAUCUGACUCAAUUUAUUUUGUAUAUCAUCUAUUAUAUUUUACCUGACGUUUUUGUGUAUAUGAUCAACAAUUUACGCUACUGUGCUAGCUCUGGUAGUUCUCUGACUAGAUGGUGAGAUGGACAGGUCUCAUCUGGAAAGAUGAGAUUUGUUGAAACCAACAGUGGAAAAUAAUUGUUUUUGGCUUAGAAUGCAACUGUUCAGUAUAGAUAUUAUAGCAAUAUCUUUCUUGUUUGAAACUCUAGAAUUAAUCUAUUAUGCUUUUUAUUGUUAUCAGAGUUCUUGUGGUUUUCUUUCCAUGGAUGCUAGUUGAUAAGAGACUAAAAUAUAGCAGGUGCAUUAAUGGAACUUGGGCCUGUUUGCACAUAUAGGAGAAGGUUCCUUUAACCAUUUAAUACCUUAGUUGAGAAUCUAUGAUUUUAUGGUCUGUUUUUUUUCACUUAAUGUGCUGUCAACAUCUUUCUAAGUCAGUAUUUAGACUUCUUUUUUGUUUUUUUUUUUUUGAGACAGAGUCUCACUCUGUCACCCAUGAUCUCAGCUCACUGCAACCUUUGCCUCCCAGGUUCAAGUGACUCUCCUGCUUUAGCCUCUUGAGUAGCUGAGAUUACAGGUGUGCACCACCAUGCCUGGCUAAUUUUUGUAUUUUUAGUGGAGAUGGGUUUCACUGUGUUGACCAGGCCAGUCUUGAACUCCUGACCUUCAGUGAUCCGUCUGCCUCGGUCUCCCAAGGUGCUUGGAUUACAGGCACAAGCCACCAUACCUGACCCAGUAUUCAGACUUCUGAACCAUCAUUUAUUUAUGGUUACAUGGCAUUGCAUUGUAUGGUUAUACCAUAACUUAUUUUACUAAUUCUGUUUUCAAUUUUUGUUGCUGUUACAAACAAAGAUCUCCUUUUCAAGCUUGUCUUUUUUCUAUAGGAUAGUCCUUUUAUAAUGGGCAUACCAUGCAUAUGGCCAUAUCUUUUCUGUGUAAUAGUUUAUAUUUUGAAAUAUUUAAAAUAUACCAAAAAGAUAGAAAGUAGUAUAGUAAACACAUUUAUAGCAUCCACCUAGCUUUAACAAUAGUAACACUAUUAACAAUAGUAACAAUAGUAACACUUUACCAUAUUUUCUUCAGAUUUUCUUUUCUUUGUUUUUGAGAAGGCCUCCCUCUGUCACCCAGGCUGGAGUGUAGCGGCAUGAUCUCAGCUCACUGAAAUCUCCAUCUCUGAGGUUCAAGUGGUUCUCCUACCUCAGCCUCCCUCAGCUGGGAUUACAGGUGCCUGCUACCAUGCCUGACUAAUUUUGUAUUUUUGGCAGAGACCGGGUUUUGCCAUGUUGGCCAGGCUGGUCUCGAACUUCUGACCUCAAGUGAUCUGCCUGCCUCGGCCUCCCAAAGUUCUGGGAUUACAGACGUGAGCCACUGCACCUAGCCAGAUUUUCUUUAAAGAAAUACCAAAGUACAAAAUGUUAAGAUGCUACCGCCCCUACCCACCUUCCCUACCUGCUCCCCUACCCACUUCUUUUCCCACCCUUCCUCUCUAGAGGUGAUCAUUAAUUCCUAUGCACUUUUUUUUUUUGACUCUUUAUUCUUUUCUUUUUUUCUUUUCUUUUUUUUUUUGAGACAGAAUUUUGGUUUUGUUUCCCAGUCUGGAGUGCAGUGGUGCGAUCUUGGCUCACUGCAACCUCUGCCUCCCUGGUUCAAGUGAUUCUCCUGCCUCAGCCUCCUGAGUAGCUGGGAUUACAGGCACCCGCUAUGGCACUUGGCUAAUCUUUUGUAUUUUUAGUAGAGAUGGGGUUUCACCAUGUUGGCCAGACUGGUCUUGAACUCCUGACUUCAGGUGAUCCACCUGCCUUGGCCUCCCAAAGUGCUGGGAUUACAGGUGUGAACCACUGCACCCGGCCACUCUUUAUUCUUUUGCAUACCUGUGACAACAUAAAAAAUUCAUUUGGGGUAUUUAUUUCACCCAGGCUCGAGUGCAGUGGCACAAUCAUAGCUCACUGCAGCCUCAAACUCCUGGGCUCAAGCAAUCCUCUCACCUCAGCCUCCUGGGUAGCUAGGACUAUAGGCAUAUGACACCAUACCUAGCUCUUAGGUGUGAAUUUUUCUUUUUCUUUUUUUUGUAGACACGGGGUCUUGCUAUGUUGCCCAGGCUGUUCUUGAAUUCCUGGCCCCAAGCAGUCCCCUAGCCUUGGCCUCUCAAAGUGCUGGAAUUACAGAUAUGAACACCCAGCCUUUUCUUGGGAUUUAAAAAUGUAUAAAUUAUAUCACUCUGUGGAUAUACUUUUGUGCUUUUAUUUCCCACUUGAUGGUUUUGAGACUUAUUCAUUCAUUCAUUUUAGCAAUUUUGGAGUAUUACAGUCUAUUUCUUUAAAAAAACAUUAUGCAAACUUUUAUUUAAAAAAGCACAAAUAUACAGCCUUUUUUUUUUUUUACUUCAGUUAUGUGGUAUAUUGCAUUUUCCAAUUAGUUUAAAGCUUUAAUGCUCAAGGAUGCCUCUGCUUUCAGUUGUACAUGGGCCUGAAGCAUCCUAGGUUUUGGCAAGCGGACAGGACACGCAACAAAAACCAAAAUAGGAACAUUAAUGCGGGGCACAUCUGUAAACCUAUUAUGCACUUGAAAAUUACAGUAUCAGUCAAAGUGAUAGAGUUUUUCAGGUGAAAUGAAACUAUCUGCAACUGGCUUACCACAAGUUUCUGAAUCUGGACUGAUAUAAUAAGUUAUAUAUAUAUUAUAUAUACAUAUAUAUUUGAAAAGUUUUGUUUACCUCAGUGGGAAGGGCUUAUUUACAUCAAGUUUGAAUCUAUGCUUCUACUUGUAAAAUCUAAGUAGGGGAUAUUCCAGUAUAUUGUAUGUAUGUAUGUAUGUAUGUAUGUAUGUAUGUAUGUAUGUAGAGACAGGGCCUCACUGUGUUGCCCAGGCUGGUCUUGAAUACCUGGCCUCAAGUGAUCCUCCUGCCUUAGCCUCCCCAAGUAUUGGGAUUACAGGCGUGGGCCACCCCACCUGGCCUCCAGUAUGUUUCUGUACCACAAUGUCAUGUUCCAGUAAGUUAAAGAAAAAAACUUCAACAUCAAAACUUUCAGAAUAUGUGUCAAUGGCUUAGAAGAAAAUACCAGAGAUAAUAAUAGAGACUUUUUCAUGAAAUGUUGCAUUAGCACUUCUUGAUGGCGAGAAUGAGUGUCAGAGACUCUAAGUUGAAAAGUGAUUUAGAAGAGUUGGACUCUGAAUAUGAAGUCUUAAGAGUAUCUUACUUUAUUUAUUUUGCCUAUGUUAUUAAUGCAGAGGAAUAAUAUAUGAUAAAAAAUUGUAUAAAUAUAUUUAAAAAGCUCUUAUGGUAAAUAUAAAAAAUGUAUGAGUGAUAAGAAAGUAUUAUGUGAUGGUUGAAGUGAUAGCAUUUUUCUUUUAGUCUAUGAAGAAUGGUGCAUCUUGUAAUGAGUGACAUUUUUAGAUUCAAUGAAAUAUGAUACUAUUUAUACACUGGUGGACUCAAUGCUAAUAUUUAUUUAGGGUUUUACAUGUAUUCAUAAGCACCGGUGGCCUAUAGUUUUUCUCGUUCUACUUUCCUUGUCUAACUUUUGGGUCUGUGACAUAUUAGCCUCAUAAAAUUAGUUGAGGAAUUAUUACUGUAUGUUUUUUGUGGAGGUUUGAGUCAGUAAGAUAGAGGGUUAUCUAUUUCUUGACAGUUUUGUCUGAGCCUAGUAGUUUUUUAAAUGGAAGGAAUAGAUUUUUGACUACUGAUUCAAUUUUCUUCAUUAUUUUAAGUCUCGUGGUUUUUUUUUUUUUUUUUUUUUUUGAGACAGAGUCUCGCACUGUCAUACAGGCUGUAGUGCAGUGGUGUGAUCUCAGCUCACUGCAAUCUCCACCUCCUAGGUUCAAGCAAUUCUCCUGCCUCAGACUCUUGAGUAGCUGUGACUACAGGCAUGCACCACCAUGCCCAGCUAAUUUUUUUGUAGUUUUAGUAGAGACGGGAUUUCACCGUGCUGGCCAGGAUGGUCUCAAUCUCCUGACCUUGUGAUCCAUCUGCCUCACAAAGUGCUGGGAUUACAGGCGUGAGCCACCACACCUGGCAGUUCUCAUGUUUUCUAUUUCCUUUUGAGGAUGUUUUGAUAAUUUAUAUUUUUAUAGAAAUGCUUUAUAAAAUGAUGCUUUUUCCCUUAAAGUCUUAUCUUGUUUUAUAUUAGUCUAGCAAUGCCAGCUCUAUUUUAGUGCAGGGGAUGGGGAAAGGAUACUAUUUUUCUAGUAUCUUUUCUCAUCCUUUUAUGAAAUUUCUUUGUUUUUAGUUAUUAAGUAUGUCUCUAAAAACACAUUAUUGCUAGAUUUUAUUAAUUUAAUAACUCACUGCAACCUCAAUCUCCUGGGCUCAAGGGAUUCUCCUGCCUUAGCCUCCCAAGUAGUUGAGACUACAGGUGUGCACCACCAUACGCGGCUCAUUUAUUUUUAUUUUUAGUGGGGAUGGGGGUCUCACGAUGUUGCCCAGGCUGGUGUGGAACUUCUGAGCUGGACCGAGCCUCCUGCCUUGGACUCCUAAAGUGCUGGGAUUACAGGAAUAAACCACUGAGUCCAGCCAGUUUUAUCACUUUAAAAAAUUAAUUUACUUGGAUAGUAACUGGUGAGUUUAGUUUAUUUUUGAUGAUUAUUGAUAGAUUUAUUUCUACCAUAUAAUUUUGAUACUUUUUGUUUAUGCUUUUUUUUUUAAAAAAUGCUGUCUCUUUUUACUACCUUUUGUUAGAUUGAUUCAGUUUUGUCUACUCCUAUUUUUUCUCUCUGAUGGCUUGGAAAGGAUAUAUUCUAUUUUUAUUACUGUAGGGUUAAUUUAAAAAUUUUAACUUGCAUACUUAACACAGUAACUCUGCUACUCUCUAACAAUACAAAGGCCUUAAAACAUUUAAAUAUAGUAAUUCCUCCUGUGUUUAAAUGUGUUCUCAUUCAAUAUUUUAGUUUCAUCUUAUUUUUAAAUCUCUUAAAUUAGUUAUAGUAACAAUCACUAUUAUUUUAUAAAGUCAGUUUCUGUUUAGAUUUUCCAUAUGUUUAUUCAUUUCUUUGUUCACCACUCUUUCUUGCAGCUGUCUUCCUUCCGGGUUCACUUUCUUACUGCUAUGUAUUUCUUUGUCCUUCUAGUGUACAUCUGGUAGUAAUACUCUAGUUUUGUUUCCCUCAGAAAGUCUUUAUUGCUCCUUACUGUUAAGUGAUAGUUUACUAAGUUACCCAUUGUUUUCUAUCACACUUUGAAAAUAUUAUCUCAUUGUUUUCUGCUAUUGUACAGGCUUCUUUGUUAUGACACAUAUUUCCAAGUUCCCUUCCAUAGGGUUUAUACCAAUUUGCACUCUCAAUGGCAAGUUAUAAACAUGGGACCAUUUUCACCUUUUUUUUUUUUUAAACCCUCAGGUGGUGUAAUUUCAUGAUCCACACCUGAGCAUGGUGUAGGCCUAGCGCUUCAGUUUCUCAUAGGCAUCCUGAGCAAAGCAAGUUUUCCCAUUACUUCAUUUGGCAGGUGGGUGGAGUGCAUCUAGCCUCUGUAUUGGCCUCCAUGAAUGUGCCUUUUUAAGACUCUUGUUUCAUUUAGGGCCUUUAGCUUCAAUUGCUUCCUUCAAGUGUGGCCCUGUUUCUGUGUGGGUGUUAAAAGCCUGACAUUUAGACUACAUUUUACAUCUAGUUUCUUAUUUUCUCUGGUUUCUAUAGUUCACCUUCAGCUUGUCACUCUGUUUUGGCUUUCUUUUGAAGAAAACUUCCCUUUCUCUUUUUUAGGCACAGCCAUAUAGUUUGUUUUUGUUUUGUUUGUUCUUUAUUUACUUUAAUGGUAAAAUAUACAUAACAUGAAAUUUACCCUUUUAACCCCUUUUAAGUGUAUAGUUCAGUGGCAUUAGGUACAUGUGCAUUGUUGUGCAACCAUCACCACUGCCUAUCUCUAGUAUGUCUUUUCCUUGCAAACCUGAAACUCUAUACCCAUUAAACAAUAACUGUGCGUUUCCCCCUCCCCCGGCCCUUGUUAACCACAUUCUUCUUUCUGUCUCUAUAAAUUUGACUAACUGAUGUACCUUAUAUGAAGGCGAUCAUACAGUCUUUUGAUCACAAGCUUAUUUCAUUUAGCAUCAUGUUGUCUAGGUUCAUUCAUGUUGUAGUGUCAGAAUUUCUUUCUAAGGCUGAAUAAUAUUCCAUUAUAUGUACCUACCACAUUUUAUUUAUUUAUUCAUCCAUUGAUGGGCACUUGGGUUAUUUCUACCUUUUGACUAUUACGAAUAAUGCUGCUAUGAACAUGGGUGUGCACAUAUCUGUUUGUCCCUACUUCAGUUCUUUUGAAUAUAUACCAAGAAGUAGAAUUGCUGUAUCACAUGGUUAUUCUAUUUUUAAUUUCUUGAGGAAUUUCUUUACAUUUUUGUACUCUCCAGCAGUACACAAGGGUACUAAUUUAUAUCUUCACCAAUAUUUGUUAUUUUUUGAUAACAGCCAUUCUAAUGGGUAUGAAGUGGUAUCUCAUUGCAAGCCAUAUAUUUCCUCUAGCAUUUUUAUGUCUGUAAAUUAGGGGUGAGGUAGAGGGUGGUCCACAUUAGCUAAGACUACUAUGUGCUAGAACUGCUGGACCUAUCUAUUUUUAAUGCAUGUGUUAGUCCGUUUUCAUGCUGCUGAUAAAGACAUACCCAAGACUGGGAAGAAAAGAGGUUUAAUUUGAUUUACAGUUCCGCAUGGCUGGGGAGGCCUCAAAAUCAUGGCAGGACGUGAAAUCACUUCUUACAUGGUGGUGGUAAGAGAAAAAUGAGGAAGAAGGAAAAGCAGAAUCCCCUGAUAAACCCAUCAGAUCUUGUGAGACUUAUUCAUUAUCACAAGAAUAGCAUGGGAAAGACCAGCCCCCAUGAUUCAAUUACCUCCCACUGGGGCCUUUCCAGAAAACCUGGGAAUUCUGGGAAAUAGAAUUCAAGUUGAGAUUUUGGUGGGGGCACAGCCAGACCAUAUUAUUCUGCCCCUGGCCCCUCCCAAAUCUCAUGUCCUCACAUUUUAAAACUAAUCAUGCCUUUCCAACAGUCCCCCAAAGUCUUAACUCAUUUCAACGUUAAUUGAAAACUCCACAGUCCAAAGUUGCAUCUGAGACAAGGCAAGUCCCUUCUGCCUAUGAGCCUGUAAAAUCAAAAGCAAGCUAGUACUUCCUAGAUAUAAUGGGGAUACAGAUACUGGGCAAAUACAGCCAUUCCAAAUGGGAGAAAUUGGCCAAAACAAAGGGGUUACAGGGCCCAUACAAGUCUGAAAUCCAGUGGGGCAGUCAAAUUUUAAAGCUCCAAAAUGAUCUCCUUUGGCUACAGGUCUCACAUUCAGGUUAUGCUGGUGCAAGAGGUGGGUUCCCAUGGUCUUGGGCAGCUCUGCUUCUGUGGCUUUGCAGGGUACAGCCUCCCUCCUGGCUGCUUUCACGAGCUGGCAUUGAGUGUCUGUGUCUCUUCCAGGUGCACAAUGCAAGCUGUCAGUGGCUCUACCAUUCUGGGGUCUGGAGGAAAGUGGUCCUCUUCUCACAGCUCCACUAGGCAGUGCCCCAGUAGGAACUCUGUGUAAGGGCUCUAACCCUACAUGUCCCUUCCACACUGCCCUAGCAGAAGUUCCCCAUGAGAGCCCUGCCCCUGCAGCAAACUUUCCUGGGUAUCCAGGUGUUUCCAUACAUCUUCUGAAAUCUAGGUGGAGGUUCCUAAACUUCAAUUCUUGACCUCUAUGUACCCACAGGCUCAGUACCACAUGGAAGCUCCCAAGGCUUGGGGCUUCCACCCUCUAAAGCCACAGCCUGAGCUCUGCAAUGGCCCCUUUCAGCCAUGGCUAGAGCAGCUGGGACACAGGGCACCAAGUCCCUAGACUACACACAGCGUGGGGACCCUGGGCCUGGCCCACAAAACCACUUUUUCCUCCUGGGUCUCUGGGCUUGUGAUGGGAGGGGCUGCUGUGAAGGUCUCUGACAUGGUCUGGGGCCAUCUUUCCAGUGGUCUUGGGGAUUAACAUUACACUCCUGGCUACUUAGGCAAAUUUCUGCAGCCCACUUGAAUUUCUCCCUAGAAAAUGAGUUUUUCUUUUCUAUCACAUAGUCAGGCUGCAAAUUUUCUGAACUUCUAUGCUCUGUUUCCCAUUUAAAACUGGAUGAAUGCUUUUAACCGUACCUAGGUCACCUCUUGAAUGCUUUGCUGUUUAGAAAUUUCUUCUGCCAGAUAGCCUAAAUAAUCUAUCUCAAGUUCAAAGUUCCACAAAUCUCUAGGGCAGGGGCAAAAUGCUGUCUGUCUUUGCUAAAACAUAACAAGAGUCACCUGUGAUUCAGUUCCCAGCAAGUUCCUCAUCUCCAUCUGAGACCACCUCAGCCUGGACCUUAUUGUUCAUAUUACUAUCAGCGUUUUGGUCAAAGCCAUUCAACAAGUCUAGGAAGUUCCAAACUUUCCUGCCUUCUUCUGAGCCCUCCAAACUGUUCCAGCCUCUGCUUGUUACCCAGAUUCAAAGUCGCUUCGACAUUUUUGGGUAUCUUUUUAGCAACACCCCAUUCUACUAGUAUCAAUUCACUGUAUUGGUCCAUUUUCAUGCUGCUGAUAAAGACAUACCUGAGACUGGGAAGAAAAAGAAGCUUAAUUGGACUUACAGUUCCACAUGACUGGAGAGGCCUGAGAAUUAUGGUGGGAGGCAAAAGGCACUUCUUACAUGGCAGUGGCAAGAGAAAAAUGAGGAAGAAGGAAAAGUGGAAACCUCAAUAAACCCAUCAGAUCCCAUGAGACUUACUCACUGUCAUGAGAAUAGCAGGGGAAAGACCAGCCCCUAUGAUUCAAUUACCUCUACUGGGUCCCUCCUACAACAUGUGGGAAUUUUGGGAAAUACAAUUCAAGUUGAGAUUUGGGUGGGGGCACAGCCAAACCAUAUCAAUGCAAAUUAUUUAACUAAUUUUACUGUCUGUUGGAGAAUGUCCAACUUUUAAGUACAUAAAAAAUUCAUGACAGUUCCCUUAAAAAUAAAAAAGACUUUAUCCUAAGAUUUGUUUCAUAAAUCUCCCAGCUACAGUUAAAAUAUCAUGAGCCAAGAAUUGCUAUCCCCUGUCUGCCAUUCUCCUAACUGCUUGUUUCUUACCUAUCUUUUUUUACAGUCCUUUCUGUAACAAUAACUAUUUCUUUGCGAUCACUUUAUUGGUGCCCUCACUAUUGCUUUAUGUUUUGAUCCUGUCUCAUAGUCAUACAUUACUACCCUCCCAGCCUCCCACAAUACCACUGCCAUCCCAGGGUUUUGGCUCUUGAACAUAAUUCAGUUUAAUACCUCCAGGUAUUAAGGCCUUCUAACAAUCCAUUCACUCUUCCUUUACAGCUGCCUAUAUAAUUGUCAAAGAGAUCUAGGGGAGCACGGAUAUAGUCAUUAAGGACAUCCCCAGUGACUCUGUAAAUAGUCUUGCUUUCCUUAUUCUAUUCUAGAUUGAAGUCUUUAAUGAGGAAAUCAAGUGCUGCACAAAUUAGAUUUAAUUUUCAGUUACACUUUUCCUGGCCUGAUGUUUAGGCUAAUAGGAAAGGGAUGGAGAUGGAAGCCUGGAAGAUCAGUGUUUUGGUUGACUUUAGUGAAAAACAAACAUAUGCUGCUAAUCAUUUUAUAAAGACAGCCUUAUAGUAUUGAAUUGAUUGUGGAUUCCUGACUCCCCUGAUCUUUAGCUAUUUCACAAAUAUUAGCCGUUCUUUAAAGAGGACACUCGAGCAUCCAAGCUGGGUCUUUAGUGUGAGGGAUAUUAUGUUUGAGGAUGACAGAGAGAGAAGGGAAGUGCCAGGGUGCUGGUAUUUCCCUAGAGCCCAUAGAUGGUAAGAAUGGGUUUCCCAUGGGCCUGACUUGCCAUCUUCUCCAUGCUUGGCAGAGUUCUUGGCAUUAAAGAACUGAGCUAAUGAUGGUUACAAUGAACAAUGACUACAGUCUCUUUCCUUCUGAGACUUUCUCAAUUGCUUAGUCCAAGAAUCACCUGGCAUACCCCUAUGUUUGUUUGCUGCCUGGGCCAGGAUGAGGCCAAGUGCCUUGUUGGACAAAUAGCCUGUGGGCCUGUAUCUGGCCUCUGCCCAUAACUUGGAGAUAAAUUUAGAUGCAGAGGUUGAGGAAUAGGUUUGGGCCAUAUGCUUGCCUGGCAGGUGCUUCACAAAAGCUCAAAAUGCAUAAGGAAAGGAUUUGAGAGCAGUGAGCUUAAAAUGAUUUUUCCUAUUGCCUCUUUCUUCUAUAGUCCUGGUGCUGUAUAUAAGGGCCAGUUGGUCAUGCAUUGUUAGUGGGGGUACUGUUAAUAUGUGGGAGACACUAUUCAUUUUGUGUGACUGUUCUAUCAAUCGUAGAACUUCCUAGAGAUUGUAGGAUGUUUCACACCCCUGGCAUCCAGGCACUAAAGGCCAGUAGCACCCUCCAUUCUUUGUGACAGCCAGAGAUGCCCCUGUGUUUCCAGAUAUGCUCAGAAAGAUGGUACAAUUGAAGGAAACUUUAACUCAUCAGGAGUCUACUUACUCAUACAUCGUUUGGAUACUUGGUCCUUUGUCUUCACUAAACCUUAGUCUUAAAAGUACUCUUUUCUACUCUAUGCCCCAAUCUAGUUUGGAGAAUGUGGUAGACUAUCCUAUGAGAAGGACAGUGUUGGAAACCCCAUGUGUCAUGGAGGUGUCUUUGUGAAACAGGGUUGGGUUGGCAAUUAAGAAUGUUGGGGCUGGGCUUGGUGCCUCAUGCCUGUAAUCCCAGCACUUUGGGAGAUGGAGGAAGGAGGAUUGUUUGAGCCCAGGAGUUCAAGAGCAGCCUGAGCAAUAUGGCAAGACUUCAUCUCUACAAAAAAAUAUAAAAUUAGCGCCACAUGGUGGUAUGCACCUGUAGUCCCAGCUACUCAGGAGGCUGAGAUGGGAGGAUCGCUUAAACUGAGGAGUUCAAGGUCAUAAUGAACUUUGAUUGCACCACUACACUCCAGCCUGGGUAACAGAGCAAAACCCUGUCUCUAAAACAAAACAAACAAAAAAGAAGAAUGGCAGCUCUGGAGCCAUAGUGUGGAACCAUAUCCCACCUCUGCCAUCUAUCAGCUGUUUGAUGUCAGGCUAGUCACUUAGCCUCAGUUUUCUAGUCUAAAUGGAAGAUAAUAUUUUAUCUAUCUUGCAGGAUUGUUGUGAGGAUAAGUCAGUAUGUGUUGAUUGCUAUACAAAGUGCUUGAGCCAUACUUUGUGCCUAACAACUGCUUAGCUACUAUUAUUUUUAUUAUCAUCAAUAGUUACGCAUCAGUAUGCAUUGGGCAUGCAGUUUGUAACAUAAAUAGAGCAAAAUCAACUAAUGGCAAUAACUCUGCAAACUUCUGCCUCUAGCACUGGAGAAGUGUCAAUACUGCUUUGGCUGUGGGACCAGGAUCCUGCUGCCUGGAGGCAGACUGGAGACAGGGGUUUGCCAAAUACACGUUUGCUUUCCUGUUCCCCUUUUGGCAUUCUCUGUCUCUUCCCCAGAACUGUGACUGAUGAGAUAUGCAGUUUGAGGGACUUAAUGUUGCUGAAAGGUCACAGGCCUAUAAAGCCAUUUUUCCUAUGGUGCAGGGAAAAUAUUUCUGCCUAAGCACUGCAUGACAUGAAGUGAGAGCCCCCCUUUUCUGUUACUUUAUUACUAUCACAUUAAACUUUCUAGAGAUGCAGGCUUAACCUUACACCUAUAAGCUAAGGGAGUACAGUUUGAAGGUACCAAGAAUGUCCUGACAUUCAAACUUGCUACCUCCUAUAGCUAAAAUUCCAACAUUAGCAUUUUUUUGUUUGGGUUUUUGUUUUAAAAGUAAGUAUGUAGAAAAGAGUUAUAGCAGGCCCAGAUUUUAUCCUUUGAAAGGCCUGCUUUCAAGGUUGGAACUCGGUUGGCAUCUGGGAAUUUGGAUUUGGGAGCGUUCCCACUACCCUGUGUCCAGACUGUCCAUAUGAUUUAUGCUGAAUACCUGCUUUUCUUUUAGGAAUAUGAAUUUUGGGUACAUAUGGGUACAUAGGCAUGCAGUUGCUAUAUAAUCGACCUCUAAUAAAGAUCCUGGACUCUGAGUUUCUAAUGUGCUUUCCUUGUUGGCAACAUUUUACACAUUGUCAAUUUGUUGCUGGAAAAAUUAAGAACAUCUUGCCUGACUCCACUGAGAGAGGACCUUGGAAAUUUGCACUUAACUUUCCUCUGGACUUAUCCCAUGUGCCAGAUGCGAUGAUUUGCUGAUUUUGCUUUGUAGCAUUUCUCUGUAAUAAACUAUAGCCAUGAAUGUAA